UAGCUAGCACACACUCAACUCAAGGCCAAGGGGCGGCAGGCAGGCAUAUCAUAUGGGUACGGCAGAUUGAUUCAUUGACUCUGGCCGAGGAUCCAUCCAUCGAUCGAUCGAUCGAUACGUAGGCUCGCUCUGCUCUUCCUCCUCUUCUUCUCAUGUCCAUCCCCAUCCCCAGACACCUCUUCUACUUUUACUAAUUCCCGGUGCUCCCAGUAUUUGCGAUUGAGUUUAUCAAAUGGAGGCGAAUGCGGGAAUGGUGGCUGGAUCGCACAAGCGGAAUGAGCUUGUGAGAAUCCGCCAUGAUUCUGAUAGUGCGCCAAAGCCGCUGAAGAAUCUAAAUGGUCAGAUAUGCCAGAUUUGUGGAGAUACUGUUGGAGUGGCAGCAAAUGGUGAUGUCUUUGUUGCUUGCAAUGAAUGUGCCUUCCCUGUUUGCCGUGCCUGUUAUGAAUAUGAGCGGAAAGAUGGAAAUCAGUCGUGCCCACAGUGUAAGACUAGGUACAAGAGACACAAAGGGAGUCCAAGAGUAGAUGGUGAUGAUGAUGAAGAUGACAUUGAUGACUUGGAGAAUGAGUUCAAUUAUUCACAGGGAAAACUUAAAGCUAGAUCUCCAUGGCAGGGCGAUGAUGCUGAGCUAUCUGCCUCUUCCAGACGUGAAUCUCAGCAACCAAUUCCUCUCCUUACCCAUGGACAGCCAGUUUCUGGUGAGAUUGUACCUCCGUCUAUACAGGACACACAUUCUGUCAGAAGUACCUCAGGACCUUUGGGUCCUGGAGACCGCAUUCACUCGCUUCCCUAUGUUGACCCACGGCAGCCAGUUCCUGUGAGAAUAGUUGACCCUUCUAAAGACCUGAAUUCGUACGGUCUUGGUAGUGUUGAUUGGAAGGAGAGGGUUGAAGGUUGGAAACUGAAACAGGAGAAAAAUAUGGUGCAAAUGAAUAGCAAAUACAGUGAAGGGAAAGGAGAUAAUGAAGGCACUGGGUCGAAUGGAGAAGAGCUUCAAAUGGCUGAUGAUGCUCGACAACCUUUGAGCCGUGUUGUGCCUAUUCCUUCUUCGCAUCUUACUCCAUAUCGUGUUGUAAUCAUUCUCCGAUUGAUCAUCUUGGGAUUUUUUUUGCAAUAUCGUUGUACUCAUCCUGUGAAGGAUGCUUAUCCAUUGUGGCUUACAUCAGUUAUCUGUGAGGUUUGGUUUGCCUUGUCUUGGCUUCUGGAUCAGUUUCCAAAAUGGUACCCUGUUAACCGAGAGACCUAUCUUGAUAGGCUUGCAUUGAGAUAUGACAGGGAGGGCGAACCAUCCCAGUUAGCGCCUGUUGAUGUGUUUGUGAGUACAGUGGAUCCCAUGAAAGAGCCACCGCUCAUAACUGCAAACACUGUGUUGUCCAUCCUGGCUGUGGAUUAUCCGGUUGACAAGGUCUCAUGCUAUGUUUCGGACGAUGGUGCUGCAAUGCUGACCUUUGAAGCCCUUUCUGAAACUGCAGAGUUUGCCAGGAAAUGGGUACCAUUCUGCAAGAAGCACAAUAUUGAACCUAGGGCUCCUGAGUUUUAUUUUGCACAGAAGAUAGAUUAUCUGAAGGACAAAAUCCAACCUUCCUUUGUGAAAGAGCGGAGAGCAAUGAAGAGAGAAUAUGAAGAAUUUAAGGUACGGAUAAAUGCUCUUGUUGCAAAGGCUCAAAAGAUGCCUGAAGAAGGAUGGACAAUGCAAGAUGGAACUUCAUGGCCUGGGAACAACACAAGAGAUCACCCUGGGAUGAUACAGGUCUUUCUGGGCCACAGUGGGGGCCUUGAUACUGACGGAAAUGAGCUACCUCGACUGGUAUAUGUUUCUCGUGAAAAGCGACCUGGAUUCCAGCAUCACAAAAAGGCUGGAGCUAUGAAUGCCUUGAUUCGUGUCUCUGCUGUCCUAACAAAUGGAGCAUAUCUUUUGAAUGUUGAUUGCGAUCACUACUUCAAUAAUAGCAAAGCUCUUAAAGAAGCCAUGUGCUUUAUGAUGGAUCCUGCAUUUGGAAGGAAGACUUGUUAUGUUCAGUUCCCCCAGCGUUUUGAUGGCAUUGACUUGCAUGAUAGAUAUGCGAAUCGCAACAUUGUCUUUUUCGAUAUCAACUUGAAAGGCUUGGAUGGUCUUCAGGGUCCUGUCUAUGUAGGAACUGGGUGUUGCUUUAACAGGCAAGCCCUAUAUGGCUAUGAUCCAGUUCUGACUGAAGAGGAUUUGCAACCAAACAUUAUUGUUAAAAGCUGUUGUGGGACAAGGAAAAAGGGUAGGAGUGCAAACAAAAAGUACAAUGAUAAGAAGCGUGCAGUCAAAAGGACUGAGUCAACAAUCCCAAUCUUUAAUUCGGAGGAUAUAGAGGAUGGAAUAGAAGGAUACGAUGAAGAAAAAUCCCUGAUUAUGUCUCAAAAGAGCUUGGAAAAGAGAUUUGGUCAAUCUCCCGUCUUCAUUGCAGCGACCUUUAUGGAACAAGGAGGUAUUCCACCAUCAACAAAUCCUGCUACUCUUUUGAAAGAAGCAAUCCAUGUCAUUAGCUGUGGGUACGAGGAUAAGACCGAGUGGGGCAAAGAGAUUGGGUGGAUAUAUGGGUCUGUCACUGAAGAUAUUUUAACUGGGUUCAAGAUGCACGCCCGAGGAUGGAUUUCAAUUUAUUGUAUGCCACCUCGCCCGGCGUUCAAAGGGUCUGCUCCAAUCAAUCUUUCAGAUCGUCUGAACCAGGUUCUUCGGUGGGCUCUUGGAUCCAUUGAAAUUCUUCUAAGUAGGCAUUGUCCUAUAUGGUAUGGGUACAACGGGAGACUGCAGCUCCUGGAGAGACUCGCGUACAUCAACACCAUUGUUUAUCCGCUCACCUCAAUUCCUUUGAUUGCAUAUUGUGUGCUUCCUGCAAUAUGUCUUCUCACGAACAAAUUUAUCAUUCCUGAGAUAAGCAACUUUGCUAGCAUGUGGUUUAUCCUUCUCUUCGUCUCUAUCUUUGCAACUGGCAUACUGGAAAUGAGGUGGGGAGGUGUGACCGUGGAGGACUGGUGGAGGAAUGAACAAUUCUGGGUCAUUGGUGGAACAUCAGCUCAUCUGUUUGCCGUCUUCCAAGGUCUCCUGAAGGUGCUUGCUGGCAUCGACACCAAUUUCACCGUCACGUCAAAAGCAUCAGACGAUGAUGGGGACUUUGCAGAGCUCUACGUGUUCAAAUGGACAUCCCUGCUGAUCCCUCCCACCACGGUGCUCAUAGUGAACUUGGUGGGGGUGGUGGCGGGCGUUUCGUAUGCAAUCAACAGCGGGUACCAGGCUUGGGGCCCUCUGUUUGGGAAACUGUUUUUUGCUAUAUGGGUCAUUGUUCACCUGUAUCCAUUCCUCAAAGGUUUGAUGGGGCGCCAGAAUCGCACUCCAACGAUCGUCAUUGUGUGGUCGAUCCUCCUGGCAUCCAUCUUUUCCCUGCUCUGGGUCCGGAUUGAUCCCUUUACCUCGAGUGCAACGAGGAGAGCUGCUCAAGGUCAGUGUGGCGUCAACUGCUAACAGGGAGGAGGAGAGGAGAGGAGAGGAGAAUCCAUGUUUUGCAGCAGCAGCAUUGAUGCAUUGAUGUGUGUGUAUAUAGACAGACAGAGACAGACAGACAGACAGGAAGGAAGGAGAAGUUGGGGCCGAUACUGUUAUUUUUCUCUACCUAAUUAAUUUCAUAUAGUAGGUGGGGGUGCAAUGGAUAAAGACACUCUCAAAGGGGGGGCUAUCUGUCUUCAGACGGUGUUAUAUAUAUAUAUGUGUGUGUGUGUGUGUAUGUUGAGACUGCUAUUUCGUCUUGAUCUGUUUGUUUUUGCUUGUAUGUGUGUCUAUGUAUGUAUGUAUGUAUACUAUCACACUGUUCCAGAAGCAGUACCUGUUGGAAGUUUUUGUUC